AUGGCGGUCUCCAAUUCAGUCGUGGUUGAUCCCACGGCCUCCAUCAAAAUAAUGCCAUAUCUUCCACCCGAGAUCAUAGAAGCAAUUCUUUUGGAAACAGCAGCCCUUACGGUGUUAACUUCCUGCCGACAAGUCUGCAAAACUUGGAAAUGUCUCAUCGAAACAUCUACAAAGUUAAAAUAUUACUCCACAACAGGUCUGAAACUCAACAAAUAUGACCGCCAACCAGAUAUCCCUCCACAAGUCACCCCGAUGGCGAUGGAUGUACUCUCUAAAUUCUGGGGGAAAAUUGCAAAACAUGGGUUUGCUAAGAACAGUCCAAAGAGUCGGCCGCUGUGUUCGUUCGAAAGUACGGUAUCGAGAAUAAGCUCGAACUCGAAAGGACUAAAAUGGAUAAUGAAACCCAUAUCCGCUAUCCGCAACGCCAUUAAUACCUGUCAUAGUUAUAUAUACAUGUUAGGCUCGGAUUCCGAAAAUCACACUACCGCCUCCAAGCCCGCGGCAUGGAGACAUUACCUCAUGAUGACAUUUUUCAUACUCACAUUUCCCAUAAACCUUAUCUUCUCGUUCGCCAAAUACCAAAUAGCCAGUAUAGCCCACAAUUCUCCUUUUACAACUGUAAACCGCCAUCGAUCCAAGGUACGGAAGGAAGCCCAAAGGCUCUUGAAAAUAUUCGAAUCGACGAUGAAUAAAGUCCCCUUUACCACUGCAAAGCUAGACGACGAUAAGGAUAUUUAUACGAUAGAUAUCAGUACUUCAACGAAUUGGUCUAAUUCAACUGACUUUUUCGGUCCCGUACUCGAUAGAUCACGGGAACCUUCCAUCCCGGCGAUGUAUUAUAAUACCAUAUCAUUGCUUACCAUACCCGUAUUCUUCUACAUACCGUCGUCGAUACAACCUAUACCAAUGCAUUUCCUGAGAGGUGGCUAUAAUAGCAAUGGCGGGAAGUUGAUUCAGCCGGCUGAUGCAGUCGUAUUAGUUGAGUUUGAGUAUUUCAGGUAUGGAGAAGAGAAAGGAGGGGAACGGUUUAUAUUUAGAGGGAAAGAUCCGUUUGAUGCGACCAGGGGGGAGGAAGGGGAGUAUGUUGGGAUGAUACACUGGGGUCAUUAUCACCGGGUACAAGUUUGA